AAUGAGAAGGAGCGGACGGUUCGGGAGGCGGGAGGAGAUUGGUAUUAGAAAGGGAGGAUUGCAAAUAAAAGCUUAAACCAAACAUCGCAUCAAGAUCUGACAGUCACUUGUUUCAUCAGGACCUGAAUAUUAUUCGCCUUUGAAUGUAGAAGGAGAAAUGUUUGUCUGUUCUAUCUGUGGGAAAAGAUUUCAAGCAUUAGUGUGACUGGAAAAUCACCGAGACAAACAAACCUGAGUGAGCGUGUUCCAGUGAACUGACUGUGGAAAGAGUCUUAACCAGUUAAACAAUCUGUAAAACAUUAGCCCAUUCACAGUGGAGAGAAACCACACACGUAUUCUGCAAGUGGAUGAGGCUUCAACUGAUCAUCCAAUCUGGAGAGACACAAAGACACCCGCACCAUGGAGAAACCAUGGAAAUGUGGGGACUGUGGGAAGGGUUUCAGUUACCCUUCUGAGCUGGAAAUUCAUCGCCGCACUCACACUGGGGAGAGACCAUUUACCUGCUCUACUUGUGGGAAGGGAUUCACUCAGUCAUCCAGCCUGUUGACACACCAGUAUGUUCACACGGAUCAGAGACCUUUUGAAUGUUCUGACUGUGAGAAGAAAUUUAAAAGCAAAAAGUAUCUGCUGAGACACCAACACGUUCACAGUGGGGAAAAGUCAUUCACCUGCUCCAUGUGUGGGAAGGGAUUCACUGCUGCAUCUAACCUGCAGAAACACCAGAGAGUUCACACUGAUGAAAGACCUUUUAAAUGCCCAGACUGUGGGAAAUGUUUUAAAAGUUCUGGGGAAGUGACAUGCCAUCAACGUAUUCACACAGAUGAGAGACCGUUCAGAUGCUCUCACUGCGGGACUGGGUUCAGGCGAUCAUCUGAACUCACUGUACACCAGCGAAUUCACACUGGGCAGAGGCCGUUCACCUGCUCUGCAUGUGGGAAGGGAUUCACUCAGUCAUACAACCUGCUGAAACACCAGCGUAUUCACUCUGAUUUGAAACCCUUUAAAUGUUCUGACCCUGAGGAGAGCUUUAAAAGCAGCAAUGAUCUGCUGAGACACCAGCGAGUUCAUGAGUGACUGCAGGAUUUGGAUUCUGCUGUUUAUGCUGCUGUUAAUCACAUCCUGGACUGAACAUGUGGGUUAAUCCUGAGGUGUGUAAGAAAUGUAUCCCAGCCACUCUCUUCCAUGGUUCAGAGAUCCUAGACACAGAAAAGAAAGCUCCUUUACAACUGCGUUUAGAGCCAGUAAGAUUAACGAUGAAUGCCGGAAACAAAGAUUUUAGUCUGAGAUUUACAGAUUACCCAAAAGGGGAGUUGAAGUCAGAGGUGAUUUUUCAGCAUUUUAUUAAGAGGCAAAAGUUUAGAUAUGAUACAUCAGUUAAAUAUUCAGAAAAGACACAGGACCCAUAACAGCUGAGAAUGGUUUACUGAUCCUUGACAUACUUGACCUCAUCAUCCUGCCUGCCACAGAUGCAGCUGUCCAUGACAGUAUCGAUCAGAGUGACCACUGCACAGUU